CAACAGCAGAGCCUGGAAACCCAUGAGAAGCUUGGAUGCCACAGAAGGAGGACUGGGUCCUCUGUAAAGGACUACUCACUGGAAUAUUUCUGAAGUACCUUGUGGAAUAACUACAGUCUCAGAAACGUACUGAGGCCUUUACAGCUCAGCGGAACCACCCUCGCCAGAGGCUAUACCGAGCAAGAACAAUGGAGGUUGGCAGGAAGCUCAUUUGCAGACAAAGGCAAGUCUUUUUCUUCUUUUUCUUCUUGGGCUUAGCUCAGGCGGGCUCUGAAUUUAGGCGUUAUUCUGUGGUGGAGGAAACUGAAGGGAGCUCUUUGGUAACCAAUUUAGCAAAAGACCUGGGUCUGGGGCAGGGGGAACUUUCCAGGCGGGGAGCUAGGGUCAUUUCCAAAGGAAACAAACUGUAUCUGCAGCUCGAUCAGGAGACUGGGGAUUUACUGCUAAAUGAGAAACUGGACCGCGAAGAACUGUGUGGUCAGACAGAGCCCUGUAUGCUGCGUUUCCAGGUGUUGCUAGAGAAUCCCUUAGAGUUUUUUCAAGCUGAGCUACAGGUAAUAGACAUAAAUGACCAUGCUCCGGUGUUCAUGGACAGAGAUAUGUUGCUAAAAAUAUCAGAGAGCAGUCCUCCUGGGACUAAGUUUCCUCUGAAGAACGCUCAGGACAUGGAUGUAGGCCGAAACAAUAUUGAAAACUAUACCAUCAGUCCCAACUCCUAUUUCCGGGUCCUCACCCGCAAACGCAGCGAUGGCAGGAAAUAUCCGGAACUUGUGCUGGACAAAGUGCUGGAUCGGGAGGAGGAACCUGAGCUCAGGUUAACCCUCACUGCUCAGGAUGGCGGUUCUCCACCCCGGUUUGGCACUGCUCAGGUCUCCAUCGAAGUCAUGGACAUCAACGAUAAUGCCCCUGAAUUUGAGCCGCCUUUCUAUAGGGUUCAGAUCCCCGAGGACAGUCCCAUAGGCUACCUGAUUGUCAAAGUCUCUGCUACGGAUAUAGACAUAGGAGUCAAUAGAGAGAUUUCCUAUUCACUUUUCCAGGCUUCAGAAGAGAUUAGCAAAACCUUUGAGAUCAACGCCAUGACAGGAGAAAUUCGACUGAAAAAACAACUUGAUUUCGAAACAACUCAGUCUUAUGAGGUCAAUAUCGAGGCCAGAGAUACUGGAAGUCUUUCUGGGAAAUGCACCGUUCUGACUCAAGUCAUGGAUGUGAACGACAAUGCUCCAGAAGUCACCAUGUCUGCACUUACCAGGCAGAUCCCCGAGAACUCUCCUGAGACUGUGGUUGCAGUUUUCAGUGUUUCAGAUCUUGAUUCUGAAGAGAAUGGGAAAAUAAGUUGCUACAUUCAGGACGAUCUACCUUUUUUCCUUAAAUCUUCCAUGGAAAACUUUUAUACCCUAGUAACAGAGAGACCGCUAGACAGAGAGACCAGAGCAGAAUACAACGUCACCAUCACCGUCACGGACUCGGGGACACCCAGGCUGAAAACCGAGCACAACAUAACCGUGCUGGUGUCC